AUGGCACAGGGCCAGCUACCAAACAACUCUUUGAAGAACAGUUCGAUCCCUGUGUUCACUGGCCUUGACCUCCUCUUUGACCUGAAGCCCCUCUUCAUUCCCCUCUAUGCCACUCUGGUGGCUGUGGCUUGCACCGGAAACUUGCUCCUCAUUCUCCUUAUAGUUGUCACCAAAAAACUGCACAGCACCACUAACUUCCUUAUUGGAAACCUGGCUGCAGCUGACCUGAUCAUGUGCAUUUUCUGCGUCCCACUGACUGCAUCCUAUGCCUUUGAGAUCCGGGGCUGGCUCUUUGGGGUGUUCAUGUGUUACUUUGUCACCUUGAUGCAGACUGCCACUGUAUUUGUGUCUGUGCUGUCCCUCACAGCUAUUGCAGUGGACAGAUAUAUCGUUGUUGCUUACCCCAUUCGCAAAAGGCUAAGCCGCAAGUCCUGUGUCUACAUAGUGGCCUUCAUUUGGUUACUCUCCAUUGUGAUUUCUGUGCCUACAUCCAUGCACACCCAUUAUCUGGAUCUCAACAAGAUUGGCCAUGACAUGUUCAUCUGUGAAGAAUUCUGGAAGCACCAAGAGAAAGAAAGGUUGCUGUACUCAUGCUCAAUGCUCCUUUUGUCCUACAUGCUCCCACUUUCUGCAGUGUCUAUCUCCUACUGUGCCAUUUCUUAUCGCCUCAGGAAGAGGAAUGUCCCAGGGGCUGCCUACCACAACCAAGAGAAAUGGACCAAUAAAAAGCGAAAGACCUUCCGGGUUCUCAUUAUUUCAGUCAUGUGCUUUGCUGUCUGCUGGCUACCUCUGCAGGUGGUGAACCUCAUCAGAGAUGUAGACGAGGAGUUCACCAUCUUGGACAAGAGGUACGUGAAUGUCAUUCAAGUGUCAUGUCACUUGAUUGCCAUGAGCUCUGCCUGUUAUAACCCUUUCAUCUACGCCUCGCUCCACGACAAAUUCAGAUUCCAUGUUAGUAACUAUUUUUGCCAUCACAAGAAGAGGUCCAGCAUCAUGUCCCGCAAGGCCUCGCGACUCAAUACCUGCUCCACGCUGGCAGACAUUCCCAUGGGCAUCACUGAUAAAUUAACCCUGCAAGGCAGGUUUUCUUUUAACUAA